AUGCCUGCUCAUAAUGGAUCGGCUGUUAAUGCCAUUGAAGAUGGUGAAACUUUGAAUUUGAUCAUGGAUGUGAAUUUGGUGACUCAUUCAUUGCCAUUUGUCAAAGAGUAUUUAAUUAAGAAUGAUGUUUAUCCUGAAUGUUUUCCCAAAUGUUGUAAAUGCAAGAGUCAACCAGAAGGUUGUGAUGAUCUGAAAGCAGGAACUCAGAGUUUGAUUACCGAAGGGUUUUUAAAGUUUGACAGGAUUGUGAAAGAUAAGAAGAUUGAAGAGACAGAUGUUGCAUUGAUCUAUAUCCCAUAUACUUCGAUUAAUAUUCCAGCUCCAACUAGACCAACUCCUUUGACUAUCACUUUUACUGGUCCUAUUUCCUACUCCAGUGAGAGGGUUGUGCCAUGGCAUUAUGGUUCCGAUGUUUACUAUCAUGGGGUGAAGCAAGAGGAUGAGCCUUCUAAAGAGAAGUCGUGUGUGGAUGAUAGUUUGAAUGUUGGUAAUCUUGCUGGUACAGGUAGAAUUACAAGAAGCGGUAGGGUUUUCCCUUCACCAAGUACUCAAGAUAAUGCUGAUGCCUUGGCGAAAGAUAAGGAUAUUACUGUUAAUCAGUUAGAAGGGGUUAUGGCUAGCAUAUCAGCGGAUAAUGGUAUGGGUUUCACAGAUUUUGAUCUCCCGCAUGAAGGGGGAAAUCAUAAUAAAGCUCCACACAUUUUCAUGGAAUGUAAAGGUACUACUUUAUCCCGUGCGUUGGUGGACAUUCGAUCAUCUCUGAAUGUGCUACCAAAGUCGGCUUGGAUGAAGAUAGAUUAUACGAGUGUUAAAUUACGCCCGAGUGACUUGAUAGUCAGGGCUUUUGAUGGAUCCCGAAGAGUAGUGUUUUGUGAAGAGCAUUUACCUGUACAGUUUGGGCCUCAGGUUUUUGAUACAACGUUAUUUGUCAUGGAUAUACAACCUGUUUAUUGUUGUUUACUUGGUCGACCCUGGAUUCAUAGAGCAGGGGAUGUAACGUCUACGCUAUAUCAGAAGAUAAAGUUCCCAGUAGGUGGUAAGGUGAUUACUAUUUGUGGUGAAGAGGAAUAUAAGGUUAGUCAUCUAGCGUUUUUCCGAUAUGUGGAGGUUGAAGGAGAGUUUCAUGAGACUCCUUUCCAGGCUUUCGAAGUUGUUCAAGUGAUCAAGACUCCUAGUCCUGAGGAAAAGAAGCCUACAAUUCCCAUGUCAUCUCUGAAGGAGGCUAGAGUUGUUGUUGAAGCUGGUCACCCGAAGGUUGGGGUCGUGUAUUGGAUCUCCAUCCAAAAUUCGACAAGUUUGGUCUCAGUUUCAAUCCCGACAGUCAAGGUUCAGCUCCCAGAGCUCUAA